GAAUGAUGAGCACAGGGACAGAAACUACACUUCCCAGUGUGCACUGCGACUGGGGGAUGGCCAUGUAAUGGCCAUGUGAUCAGGUCACAUGACAGGAAAGAUGUCUGCUCUGCAGGAGAGAGAGUUCACUGCACUGACACUGUUAUUAAAGGCUCCCUCCAAGGAUGUAGUUCUGAAGCUGUGCAGAGAAUCGUUCCCGAGGUCAUCCAUUGGCUCUGAACAUUUGAUGGACGGCGUUUCUUCCAGUCUAUCUAUUACAACAGAAGAAGCCGCUCAGGUUGUGCAGGCUCUGCACUCUCUCAUGCAGCAUGUGGUGUACAAGGGCCUGACAGCCGCCGAGCAGAUCCUGUCCGUAUUCCCGGAUGACUUUCAUCAGAACCUGAAGAACCUCCUGACCAAAAUUAUCCUGGACAAUGUAUCUGCAUGGAGGAACGAAGCUCAGAACGGCAGCAUCUCGCUGCCUCGCCUUGUAGAUCUGGACUGGAGGGUCGAUAUAAAGACCUCAUCGGAUUCCGUGACUAGAAUGGCUGUACCGACGUGCCUACUACAGAUGAAGAUUCAAGAGGACCCGGAUCUGUGUGGGCUUGACCCAGCGACCUCCACCCUGACCAUGGAACUCAGCAAAGAAACCCUGGACACCAUGCUGGACGGAUUAGGCAGGAUAAGAGAUCAGCUGUCUGCAGUCGCUAGCAAAUAAUUCUUCCCAAGCAUGGCACAGGAGGGGGUGUAAGAAUACCGAACUCUUUAUGGGGACACCCGUCACCGGGAGAUCUAUUGGGACGUUCCCCUCUGCCAAACCCUCCAUAAACUGUAUUAUUAUUAUUUUUUCUUCUAUUUAGAUGCAAGCUGAAGACUCCAUAUUCAUUUUAUGUAAAUGUAACAUUUAAUAUAACGUGGGUCUGACAUUUCAUAUCUUCAA